AAAAAGCCGCGGAAUAUGCUUUGCUCUGUUCUACAGAUUACCCUUUCCUCUCUUGUUUCAUCUCUUCCCCGUGUUCCUUCCUUCUAAUCAUUUCCUUCCUAAAUUCUCUCUCUCACUAAUAUUCUCUCUCUAAAUCAACCACCUUUUAAUCCUCUUCUUAAACCUUCCCUCUCACUUCACCCAUCACAACAUCACCGUUUUGGUGGAUUUUUUUUUUUAGAAUAAAAAAGAAAGAGAGAAAGCAAGAAAAAAGUGUUAUGGAGCUUGUAACCGCAAGUGAUCUCUUUGUCACUGCGUCGCUGGCGAUUCUACUCUCUUUUCUUGUUGCAAAGCUUGUUUCCUUGGCCAUGACCGACACUCACACCACAACAAACUAUCAUGACCACGACGAACCAGUUACCCUUCAGGAGGAACGGUUCACGGUUCAGACCGCUCAAACAGAGAGCAGAGUCGGUUUUAUUAGUCCGGUUCAAGUCACUAAUUUAGAAACCGAACCCGAACCCGAACUACCCGAGCACAACAUAGAAGAGACUGCGGUUGAAUCCAAACCCGACGUUGUCGGUGAGAUGCUGGUGACGUCAGACAUUGCCGUCGAUGUGACUAAAGAGAAAAUCGCUGAUCCCGAUGAUGAAACAGAAGAGUUUGGCCCACAAGCAGUUGAGGAAACGAGGAACACGGAGUUUGUUGAAGAAAUCAGCGUAGAACCUUCCACUGAGAAGUUAAUUUCUGUUGUAGAGAACGAUGAUGGUAAUGAUGAUGAUGAUGAUGAUGAUGAUUGGGAAGGGAUUGAGAGGAGUGAGUUGGAAAAUGUGUUUAUGGCGGCUUCGGAAUUUGUCGGUGGCGGCGAGGAUAAUCGAUUAUCAAGCGUUGGAAGCGAUGUGCAGAUGGAGCUUUAUGGGCUUCAUAAGGUUGCUACUGAAGGGCCUUGCCGCGAUCCUCAGCCAAUGCCUCUCAAGCUCUCUGCACGUGCCAAGUGGAAUGCUUGGCAAAAGCUGGGGAACAUGAGUCCUGAGGUAGCUAUGGAGCAGUAUAUCAGCCUUCUUUCGGAUAAAGUUCCUGGAUGGACGAAAUAUACUUCUGCUGGUAUGUGUGAACAUGAACACACAGCAGGAUCGGAAGUUUCUGAGUCUGUUGCUCCUGAUUUGAGUGCAUCUUUGUAUCAUCAACAAACAAUUGUAACUGAAAGGGAACUUGAACAAGAGCCAGGUGCCCAGGACCGCAGCCCACUUGCAGAGUCUGAUUUGGAGAACAAUGUUAAGAAAUGAUGGAAGCUUUCUGCUUAUAUCCCGUGCCAUGCUGCAUCUAUUUCAGCAAAAAAGAAGACCGAUUCCAAGAAUUUAAGUUUGUUUCGAAGUAUGCGGGAUUCUUGGGCUGUUUGUUUUCUCCUUGGUUCCUUAAAUCAUCUGCUGAUCAAGAUGUUCUUCAAAUAUCAAACUGUUAAUAUAUAUUUAAUGUACAUAAAUAAAUGCAUGUAUAUAUGACCUUAUGUGCUUCCGAAGAUUGCGUACUUCCUGAUUGUUAAAAACUAAAUUAAUAAUAUCAUCUCACUCCUGUGGCCAU